GCCAACUAUGACGAUGAAUGUUUAGAUUUUUCCUCUUGCUGUAUGAGGGGGCGGAGCCAUGGCUGUAGUUCCUAUGGGGACGAGCCAGGAAAAGCUGAAGCACUUGGUUUGCAACAUUGCCACCAGCGUGAGCAUACUUCUCAGGAGAUGCACAAGUAAUUCUUGUUAUUCUCGGCAUCUGCGGUCAUUUCCCCAACUAAACAGUGACGACCCAGGGACUACGUUGCUUCAUAGGUUCAGAAGGACCAAAUAAAGAGGUGCGCAAGAAAAUCGGGAGAGUGGCUCUUUGAUGCAUGCCGACAGCUCCCUGUCCCACAUCCGGAUGGAGAAGUACGAGAAGAUUGGGAAGAUUGGGGAGGGCUCGUAUGGCGUUGUCUUCAAGUGCAGGAACAAAGACACCGGCCAGAUAGUCGCCAUCAAGAAGUUUGUAGAGUCGGAAGAUGAUCCCAUUAUAAAGAAGAUCGCGCUGAGGGAGAUCCGGAUGCUGAAGCAACUGAAGCACGCAAACCUGGUGAACCUGAUUGAGGUUUUUCGACGGAAGCGCAAGCUACACCUGGUGUUCGAGUACUGCGACCACACAGUCCUCAACGAGCUGGACCGCUACCCCCGGGGGGUCCCGGAGCACCUGGUGAAGAGCAUAACCUGGCAGACACUGCAGGCCGUCAACUUCUGCCACAAACAGAACUGCAUUCACAGGGACGUGAAGCCGGAGAACAUCCUCAUCACCAAGCACCAGGUCAUAAAGCUGUGCGACUUCGGAUUCGCCAGGAUCCUCACUGGACCCUGCGAUUACUACACGGACUACGUGGCCACGCGCUGGUACCGGGCCCCGGAGCUGCUGGUGGGGGACACGCAGUACGGCCCGCCCGUGGACGUCUGGGCCAUCGGCUGCGUCUUCGCCGAGCUGCUCUGCGGCGCCCCCCUGUGGCCAGGGAAAUCAGACGUGGAUCAGCUCUACCUCAUCAGAAAAACACUGGGAGACCUCAUUCCCCGGCACCAGCAAGUCUUCAGCAACAACCAGUUCUUCAGCGGAGUGAGCAUCCCCGAGCCGCAGGAGAUGGAACCCCUGGAACAGAGGUACCCAAACCUGUCACAUCUAGCACUGGGGCUGAUGAAGGGCUGCCUGCGCAUGGACCCGUCAGAGCGGCUGACGUGCGAGCAGCUGCUGGAGCACCCCUACUUCGACAGCCAGAGAGAGGAGACGGAGAGCGCCACCCGCGAACACGACCGCGCCACCAAGAGGCGGUCCCGCCUGCCGCGCAAGCACCUGCCGCCCGGGUAUCUGCCUCAACUCACCAGCAGCAACAUCCUCCCGGCCCUGGAGAACAAGAAGUACUACAACAACCUGCGAAAGUUCAACUACCACUUCCCCAAUAUCUAAAUUCCCUGCUUUCUAACCAAUCGGGGAACAGCAGAGAAUAAAUUAAAAUACUUCGGUAAUCUCGCGUUUCCAAGUACAAAAUCCAGGAAAAGCAGCCGUUUGUGGAGAGUGCAAGAUUUCCUGAGUGCGCAGAUUAGCUGAACCAAGGCUUUGGUCACAUGACCCCAGUGUGAGCCAAUCAUAUGCACUCUGGCAGCUUUUCGGAAGAGACCUCUUUUGGUCUUGGGUUUCACGUAUAUCUAUUUUGUUCACUUUUUUUCAUGUAAAUGACAAGGAGCAGCUCGCAGCUCUGCUGAUAGACCCACGUGCAGUAUGGGGGAACAUGAUAGCGUAACUGCCUUACCCAACUUGCCAAAUAUGUUUUUAAUAGUGAAAGAUAUAUGCAUUGGUCUGUCAUCUCGAUGUUCACUGUUGGUAGCCUCGUUGUUAAGGUUUGGAAGAUGUAGGUGAAAGGUCUAAUCUCCAUUAGUCAAUCCAAAUAAAGGGUGGUGCACAAUGUGAGAAAUGAUUAAUCCAGAACGUAACUUGCCUGUUUGUUGUAUGUGGACCUUAUGCACAGUCCCCCCCCCCUCCCCCCCUCCCCCCCUUGUUAAUGUGUAGCAAUAGUUCCAAUUGGCCCAAGAGGAGGAACUGGAGAAUGCCAGUUCUGGCAUAAUGAGUAG